AUGACAGUGACCAUUGUAAAACCAAACCCUGAUGAGAUGUUCAAUACUACUAAAAGUUUUCUUCUAAUAGAAAUACAUUAUACUAGAUCUCUUCAGAUCUUCAUUUUCUCACUACUUCUAGUCUCCUACUUGAUCACUUUGGCUGGAAACAUUCUCAUAGUUGCUCUAACAUUAAAUUGUCCAAGUCUCCACACUCCCAUGUACUUCUUUGUGUCCAACCUGUCUAUUGUAGAAAUAUGUGUCACUACAACAAUCACACCAAAAUUUCUGUCCAUUGUUGGAUUUGGCAACCGUGCAAUCUCCUAUUGGGGUUGUGUUUUCCAAUGUUAUUUCUAUUUUGUAUUAGCUUCCGUUGAUUUCUUCCUCUUAGCAGUUAUGUCUUUUGAUAGGUAUGUGGCAAUAUGUCAACCUUUACAUUAUGUUACUGUGAUGAACCAUAGAGUAAUCCUGUACCUUGCUGCAGGUUCUUGGUUGUGUGGCUUUGCAGAUACUUUACCAGCUACUAUUCUUACCUUUAACCUACCAUUUUGUGGUUCUAAUGUUAUUCAGCAUUUUUUUUGUGACAUUGAUCCAUUUCUAAAGCUUGACAAUAUCUUUGACUUUAUUAUCAUGAAUGGUCACGUUUGGAUCAAGCUGAAAGCUUGGUUCUGUGAUAAGAUGCGAACCAACAUGGCCCAGUCUAGUGAACUCACAUUGGGUGGUCUUGAUUUGCACCUUAAAAGUAAUUUUACCCCUGUGGUCAGCGAGUCUGCCAUUGAUGCCUACAUAACUGCUGUUAAAUCUGAAGUGUCGCAAUAUAAACAAUCUUGUGACACUAAUAUGUUCAAGAGCCCCAAUCUUACUCGACUAGAGAUUGAGGCGAUUGAACAAUUGAGAAAUGACCCACUCCUUACUGUGAAACCCGCGGAUAAGGGGGGUGGGAUUGUCGUCUUGGAUACCGCCAAAUACAUCGCGGAGAUCAGACGACAGCUCGGCGAUACUGAAGUAUGA